GCUUGACGACAACCGACACGGAACUCGUUCCGGCAAGUUGUGACAACCAGCACCCUGUCGAUCAAGUUUCCAAUGCGGAAUGCUUGUAAUGUCCAAUAUGCGCACCGAGAUGGAUACAGACACACCCUAAAUUGGCGCACCUAAGUUUCUCGUUUCCCCAAAAAAUCUAGGCACUGCAUUAUUUAAGCCGGACCCAGUCUUUUCUCCUGCAGUCACUGAUACAGUCACCGAGGAACCAUGGAACUUCUUACGUUUUUUGUGGUCGCAGCAGGAGCAGGGGGAGCGGUGGUCUUGGCUCCAAUUGCCCUAGGCGCUGCAGGGUUUACCGCCGCUGGCAUCGCCGCAAACUCUGUAGCAGCCGGCAUGAUGGCAUCCGCAGCCACUGCAAGUGGCGGUGGUGUCUUGGCUGGAAGCACUGUUGCCGUUCUGGAGUUGGCAGGUGUAGCAGGGUUAUCUGGGUCUGCAACCGCAGUGGUGGCUGGUGUUGGAGGAGCAGUGGGAUGGCUCACCGCUACAGCAGCUGGACUCAUCUCAUGAUCCAAAUAUUGAUGAUUGAUAGCUGUCUUGGGACAGCUCUCAUCUAAGACAAUUUUAAUCACAAAGAUCACCUCUUUAAAUAUAUAUAUUUUUUAUCCUUUAUUUAGGGAUACAUAUAAACACUUGAUAAGACGGUGAAGGAAUGCUUAGUGUUAAAAAAUAUAUAUUAUUGAAGUUCAUAUCCUCAAUAUUGUGUGCAAUGAAGGCAAAUUAUGACUGACUUGUUCUGUUUGGACAUCUUGGUCAGCUGCACUUUCAAGCCCAGGGCUUUUUUAUACCGUACUUUUUACUUUUUCAUAUUUCAGUUUAAUACCUUCUUUAUCUCAAUCAAAGGUCAAGUGUUGCCAGAUAUAAUGUAAACAUUUGUCUGGUGUCUUUGUCUCUACAUACAGUAUGUGUCAGCUAGGGAUGGAAAUUAGUUUAGUCUUUGCAACAUGAUGUUUUCCAAUUGAGUUGAUUAGGCGGCUUUCUUCAAAUCUGUACCUCACUGGUAUGUUGUGCAGUGGUGUAAAGUACUUAAGUAAAAAAUGCUUUAAAUACUACUUAAGAAGUUUUUGGGGGUAUCUGUACUUUAUUUUACUAUUUGCCAACUUGUACUUUUACUUCACUGUGUUCCUUGUUACGGAUACAGGUAUCCUGGGGGUAUUAGUAGGCGGCUUUCUUCAAAUCUGUACCUCACUGGUCUGUUGUACAUUGCAGUGGUGUAAGGUACUUAAGUAAACAUACUUUGAAUACUA